AUGAACGUAGUGGAGAAUAGCGAGUUCUUAUCCAAGCUGAUGAAAAGCGCCAGCAUGUCUGAAAUGAAAUACGACUUUUCAUGUGAACUCUACCGAAUGUCCACAUACUCGACCUUCCCCGCCGGUGUUCCUGUCUCAGAGAGGAGUCUUGCUCGCGCUGGUUUUUAUUACACUGGUGUGAACGACAAGGUCAAGUGCUUCUGCUGUGGCCUGAUGCUGGAUAACUGGAAACAAGGAGACAAACCUAUUGAAAAGCACAAGAAGUUGUAUCCCAGCUGUGGCUUUGUUCAGAAACUAUAUUCAGGUAACAUUCUGGGAGCCACCUCUCUGCUUAAUUUGCCUUCCUCGGCGACAAAUUCCACACAUUCAGUCUUUCCAAGUUCGGAAAACACCGGUUAUUUCAGUGGCUCUUAUUCAAGCUUCCCCUCAAGUCCUGUCAACGCCGAACCAAACGGAGACAUGUCUGCCUGGAGAAGUCCCAACCACGGUGUCAUGAGUACGGAAAACGCCAGGUUGCUUACUUUCCAGACGUGGCCACUGACCUUCCUGUCGCCGGCAGAUCUGGCAAAAGCAGGUUUUUACUACAUAGGCCCCGGAGACAGAGUGGCCUGCUUUGCCUGCGGUGGAAAAUUGAGCAACUGGGAGCCCAAGGAUGAUGCUAUGUCGGAGCACCUGAGACACUUCCCCCAGUGCCCGUUUUUGGAAAGUCGGCCUCAGGAUACUUCGAGAUACAGUGUGUCUAACCUGAGCAUGCAGACGCAGGCUGCCCGCUUCAGGACGUUCAGUAACUGGCCCUCGAGUGUGGGAGUCCAUCCCAAGCAGCUUGCAAGUGCAGGCUUUUAUUAUAUGGGUCACAAUGAUGAUGUCAAGUGCUUUUGCUGCGACGGUGGCCUGAGGUGCUGGGAAUCUGGAGAUGACCCAUGGGUACAACAUGCCAAGUGGUUUCCAAGGUGUGAGUACUUGAUUCGAGUUAAAGGACAAGAGUUCAUCAGUCGAGUUCAAGCCAAUUACCCUCAUCUACUUGAACAGCUGUUAUCUACUUCAGACAAUCAAGAAGAUGAAAAUGCAGAGUCACCAAUUAUUCAUUAUGGACCUGGAGAAAACCAUUCGGAAGAUGCGGUCAUGAUGAAUACACCUGUGGUGAAAGCUGCUUUGGACAUGGGCUUCAGUAGAAGGCUGGUAAAACAGACAGUUCAGAGUAAAAUCCUAACAACUGGAGAGAAUUAUAAAAUCGUCAGUGAUCUUGUGUUAGAUUUACUUUAUGCUGAAGAUGAAAUAAGGGAAGAGGAGAAAGAAAGAGCUACUGAGGAAGAAGAAUCAGAUGAUCUGUCAUAUAUCCGGAAGAAUAGAAUGGCACUUUCUCAACAUUUGACUUGUGUGGUUCCAAUCCUGGAUAGUCUACUAAUUGCUGGAGUGAUUCAUGAACAAGAACAUGAUAUUAUUAGGCUGAAAACGCAGACAUCUCUGCAAGCAAGAGAACUGAUUGAUACUAUUAUAGUAAAAGGAAAUUUUGCAGCCACCAUAUUUAGAAAUUCUCUACAGGAAAAUGACCCCACGUUGUACAAGCGUUUAUUUGUGCAACAGGACAUAAAGUAUGUUCCCACAGAAAAUGUUUCAGAUUUACCGAUAGAAGAACAACUGAGGAGACUACAAGAAGAAAGAACAUGCAAAGUGUGUAUGGACAAAGAAGUUUCCAUAGUGUUUAUUCCAUGCGGUCAUCUAGUAGUAUGCAAAGACUGUGCCCCUUCUCUAAGAAAAUGUCCUAUUUGCAGAGGUACAAUCAAGGGUACAGUUCGUACAUUUCUUUCAUGA